AUGGAAGCGUCAAACAACACAUCAAACAUCACUGGGAACUUUACGAACCAGUUUGUUCAGCCGCCGUGGCGAGUGGCGCUGUGGUCUGUCGCCUACAGUUCCGUGCUUGCGGUGGCAGUUUUUGGGAACCUGAUUGUGAUAUGGAUAAUACUGGCCCACAAGCGAAUGCGAACCGUAACCAACUACUUUUUGCUGAAUUUGGCUUUCUCCGAUGCUUCGAUGGCCGCCUUCAAUACUCUCAUUAAUUUCAUAUAUGCCGCUCAUGGUGAAUGGUACUUUGGAGAAUCAUACUGCAAGUUCCACAACUUUUUCCCCGUUACCGCAGUGUUUGCAAGUAUCUAUUCCAUGACUGCGAUAGCCGUCGACAGGUACAUGGCUAUUAUCCAUCCGCUGAAACCCAGACUGUCAGCCACGGCAACCAAAGUGGUGAUCAUCUGUAUCUGGGUGCUGGCCGUUGUUCUGGCUUUCCCUCUGUGCUUCUACUCCACCAUCAAGAAGAUUCCCAGACGGACCCUCUGCUACGUGGCCUGGCCACACCCAGCUGAGGACCCAUUCAUGUACCACAUCAUUGUGACUGUGCUCGUGUACAUACUGCCCCUAGUGGUGAUGGGCAUCACCUACACCAUGGUGGGAAUCACCUUAUGGGGAGGCGAGAUCCCAGGAGAUUCAGUAGACAAUUACCACGGACAGCUGAGAGCCAAGCGAAAGGUGGUGAAGAUGAUGAUCAUCGUGGUUGUGACCUUCGCCAUCUGCUGGCUGCCAUACCACAUCUACUUCAUCAUCACCGGGGUGAACAAAUGGCUCAACAAGUGGAAGUACAUCCAGCAGGUGUAUCUGUCUGUGCUGUGGCUGGCUAUGAGCUCCACAAUGUACAACCCCAUCAUCUACUGCUGCCUCAAUAGCAGGUUCCGAGCGGGGUUCAAGCGAGCCUUCCGCUGGUGCCCCUUCAUCAAGGUGUCCAGCUACGAUGAACUGGAGUUGCGCUCCACCCGCCUCCACCCCACCCGCCAGAGCAGCAUGUACACCGUGUGCCGUGUGGAGUCCAGCGUGGUGGUGACCUACGACCCUGCAGACGGGGACAACCCCCAGGCCGUCCGCAAGAAGAGCUCCACCCACGGCCAAACCGGCACCAACGGCUGUCCUGCCAACGGCGCCAAGGUCUCUCUGAAGUCGGGCCCCUACAGCGCCCCCAACGCCUCACCUGAGGAGUUCUCCUGAAGGGCUCAGGCUACCAUGUCAGAGAACACGCCCCUGGGA